UGGGAAUGAGAACAAAUGGCACAGAGCUUGCGAUUGCACUUUGCAGCCAGGAGAAGUAAUACUUACCCUCUGUCGGAAACCUCCGGAGAUGACUUGGAUAGCCACGUUCCCUCACGCGGCAGGAGACCAGCGCGGAUCCCGGCUAGCGUUGUUCAGAUGAGGCUGACCCCCAGACAGACGGCGCUGGCUCCGUGGGUAAAGCAGAGAGCCUCUGAAAAUGUUAGCAAGAGCAGCUGCCUGCAGAUCUCACUGCAGCCAAGGUACGGUGGGCGCCUUCCAUCCAGCCCCGUCCCGGCCGGGGACGAUGCUGCGUUUACUUGUGUCUUGAAGGACAGCAUUCGCCACAGCGCUGGGGCUAGCAGUGAACUGAACUCUGUGGGUGAUGGCAGCCUUUUGGGUACUUCUGCCGUUUGCAGUGGCAGCCUCGGUAACUUCUCAGCCAGUGACAAUGGGUCUUACUGCAGCCAUGGCAGUGACUGCGGGUCGUGUGCAAGCCUCACUAGCGGAGGUUCCUAUGCUAAUAGCGUCAACAGCGAUGGAAGUGGUUAUGCCUUUCUACCCAGUGAUGAGAGUCUUUUUGGUGGAAAUUUACCUUCUGAGGGCACCGCCAACAGAAGUGUGCCAGACAGGAACACGGCUCCCUGUGAAGUUCUGCCCAGAAGCUCUAGUGCGGUUCCCUUUGUCCAGGAGGACCUGGAUCAUGGACUAGAGAUUAAGAAAGUGCCUGCAAGCCGAAAUGGGAAGGGCCCACUGAAACGCUGCUCGUCCUUGGUCAUCUUCCCCAGGAGUCCUUCCUUCACCCCACCAACUUCCCCCACCAACACAGCCGUUCUUCCCAGCAAAGGUGCCUACCAGACCUCACACCAGUUUGUGCUCUCUCCCAGUGAAACUGCACAUCAUGAAGAUGGUACCAAUGCCAAGGGCUUCCUUUCCACAGUUGUCAAUGGACUUCGAUUAUCUAAAAUGGUUUGUACCCCCGGAGAAGUAAGAGACGUUCGGCCCCUCCACGCCAACGGCUCAUCGCAAAAGAAAAUUGUCAUUUCCAAUAAUAGUCCAAGACAGACGGCCUGUGAGAGGUCACCCGAGGGGUAUUCUUGUGUUUCCGUGCACUUGACCCAACGAAAAGCAACCUUGUCAGAUUGUGAAGUAACCCUUGGUGACUGUAGAUCAGAGAAGUCAGAAAUUCAGCUCAGGUCUGAUUCGGAGCACAGCAUGGUCAUUCAUAGGUCAUCCCAGUGUUCAACAGCCACCCCAAGCAUGGAUUGUCAGAUAGGUAUCAGUGGAGAGUUGGAAAGACCAAAUUCACAGAGAAAUAAAAACCACACUGUUUUACAAAGAAGUGUUUCACUGGGAGAAAGGUAUCCAAACGUUUCCUGUUUAUCCAGCCUGAAGCACAGUUGUUCCAAAGGGGGACCAUCUCAGUUACUCAUAAAGUUUGCAUCUGGAAAUGAAGGUAAAGUUGACAGUUUGUCCAGAGACAGAGAUUUUGCAAAUGAACUGCCCAAUUCCUGUGAGACAAGAGAUGAUUUCCUAGGUCAAGUGGACGUUCCUCUCUACCCUUUACCGACAGAAAACCCAAGAAUGGAGAGACCAUAUACAUUCAAGGAUUUUGUUCUUCAUCCAAGAAGUAACAAGUCAAGAGUUAAAGGGUAUCUGAGAUUAAAAAUGACUUAUUUACCUAAAACCAGUGGCUCGGAAGAAGAUAAUGCAGAACAGGCUGAGGAGUUAGAGCCUGGCUGGGUUGUUUUGGACCAACCGGAUGCUGCUUGCCAUUUGCAGCAGCCGCCCGAACCGGCUCCUCUACCUCCAGGAUGGGAAGAGAGGCAAGAUGUCCUCGGAAGGACCUACUAUGUGAACCAUGAGUCUAGGAGAACACAGUGGAAGAGACCAAGCCCACAGGACGACCUCACCAAUGCUGAGAACGGAAACAUCCAGCUACAAGCACAGCACGCAUUCACCACCAGGAGGCAGAUAUCCGAGGAAACAGAGAAUGCUGACAACCGUGAGUCUCCUGAGACCUGGGAAAUUAUACAAGAAGAUGAAGCCACCAUGUAUAGUGGUCAGGCCGUCCAGUCACCUCCUUCAAGUAACAUGGAUACACAGAUUCACCUUGCAGAGGAGUUGGAUGCCAGACUCACCGUGUAUGGAAAUCCUGCCACCAGCCAGCCAAUGUCCAGCUCAAGUCACUCCGGCAGAAGAGGCAGCUUGCAGGCCUAUAUCUUGGAGGAACAGCCUGCACUUCCUGUGCUUUUGCCUACUUCAUCUGGAUUGCCACCAGGUUGGGAAGAAAAACACGAUGAGAGAGGAAGGUCGUACUAUGUAGAUCACAAUUCCAGAACCACCACGUGGACAAAGCCGACUGCCCAGGCUACAAUGAAGACCAGUCAGCUGCCCUCAAACCAGAGUUCCUCAGGCACUCAGCUGCAGCUCCCCACCGGUGACCCUGCACAGCAGGUGACUCCACCAUCUGAAAUUGAACAAGGAUUCCUUCCUAAAGGCUGGGAAGUCCGGCAUGCACCAAAUGGGAGGCCUUUCUUUAUUGACCACAACACCAAGACCACCACCUGGGAAGAUCCAAGACUGAAAAUCCCAGCUCAUCUGAGAGGAAAGCUGUGGCUCGACUCAUCCGGUGAUCUGGGGCCUCUGCCUCCAGGAUGGGAAGAAAGAACUCACACAGAUGGAAGAAUCUUCUACAUAAAUCACAAUAUAAAGAGAACACAAUGGGAAGAUCCUCGGUUGCAGAAUGUGGCAGUAACUGGACCAGCAGUGCCCUACUCCAGGGACUACAAAAGGAAGUACGAGUUCUUCCGAAGAAAGCUGAAGAAGCAGAGUGACAUUCCAAACAAAUUUGAAAUGAAACUUCGCCGCGUGACUGUUCUCGAGGAUUCUUACCGGAGAAUUAUGGGUGUUAAGAGGGCCGACUUCCUCAAGGCUCGGCUAUGGAUUGAGUUCGAUGGCGAAAAGGGACUGGAUUAUGGAGGAGUCGCCAGAGAGUGGUUCUUCCUGAUCUCAAAGGAAAUGUUCAAUCCUUAUUAUGGGCUGUUUGAAUAUUCUGCUACGGAUAAUUAUACCCUGCAGAUAAACCCCAACUCUGGCUUAUGUAAUGAAGAUCACCUCUCUUACUUCAAGUUCAUUGGCCGUGUAGCUGGGAUGGCAGUUUACCAUGGCAAACUGUUGGAUGGCUUUUUCAUCCGCCCCUUUUACAAGAUGAUGCUGCACAAAAUGAUCACACUUCAUGACAUGGAGUCCGUGGAUAGUGAAUAUUACAAUUCACUACGAUGGAUUCUUGAAAAUGAUCCCACAGAAUUGGACCUCAGAUUUAUCAUUGAUGAAGAACUAUUUGGACAGACACAUCAACAUGAGUUGAAAAAUGGUGGAUCAGAAAUCGUUGUCACCAACAAGAAUAAAAAGGAAUAUAUUUAUCUUGUAAUACAAUGGCGAUUUGUCAACCGAAUCCAGAAGCAAAUGGCUGCUUUUAAAGAGGGGUUUUUUGAACUGAUACCACAGGAUCUCAUCAAAAUUUUUGAUGAAAAUGAACUAGAGCUUCUUAUGUGUGGCCUGGGAGACGUGGAUGUGAACGACUGGAGAGAACAUACAAAGUACAAGAAUGGCUACAGCGCAAAUCACCAGGUCAUCCAGUGGUUUUGGAAGGCUGUUUUAAUGAUGGAUUCAGAAAAAAGAAUACGAUUACUUCAGUUUGUUACCGGCACAUCCCGUGUGCCUAUGAAUGGAUUUGCUGAACUCUACGGUUCGAAUGGACCACAGUCGUUCACAGUUGAGCAGUGGGGUGCCCCCGACAAGCUGCCAAGAGCGCACACCUGCUUCAAUCGAUUGGACCUGCCACCCUAUGAAUCAUUUGAAGAACUAUGGGAUAAACUUCAGAUGGCGAUUGAAAACACUCAGGGUUUUGAUGGUGUUGAUUAGAUUAAGAGUAAGAAUCUAUGGUGUUUUGACUGCCAUAGUUUUAUAUAAGCAAAAUUAAAAUCAUGUCUUAAAAUUUUCCAGGGAACUACUAAAACAUGGCUGCUGGCUCUUCCCAGAUGGCAUAGUAUGACAGUCUCCAUGAUUUCAGUCACGCUGAAGUAUACAGUUACUUCAUUCUGUUGUUGGGGUUCAUUUUACAUGGCAGGAUGAAGUCUGAGUCCCUGACCUGGUUUUGUCCGUACUAAUCUCCUUGACAGUAUUUUCCAGGCAGUCUUUCUUAAACUACUGAAAUUAUAACUGUGAAAUAUCUGUAAUGAGUGUCAUGUGUGAAGAGUUUGAUGCUUUCUUUGAGAAGGAAACUGAAAUUUGGAAAAAGAAAGUCUUUCACAUCCAGUAAACUACAAUACAUUUAGUGCUAUUGCAGCUGUUUGUUCCGUGGACUUGCCUAGAACACCAUAUUGCUGAGAUCGUUGAACAACUUUGGGAAGUGUGUCACCUAUAUUUUUAGCCAACUGACUCACUUGCAAAAAAAAAAUUGUUUACUCUUUCAUUUGAAAAGUAUUUGGCAUUUGUUAAUAUGCAGCUUUCGUUUACAAGGUGGGUCCUGAGAGAAGUCGAGCAAGUUGUUAUUUGCAGUGGGUGAAAAGUUUAGCCUUCCUCUUUCCUGUACCCCCUUAUGGCUCAGUCACAGGAUAGGGUCAUCAUUUUCCAGUGUAUUUAGCAUUCCUUCUUAAUACAUGAAGCAAUCUCUGCCAAGCAGUCUUUCUAAAUACACAUGAAGAUGACCUGCCUUUCCUAGUCACCUUCCCUCCUGUACAGUUAUGUAGUAAAUACAUGUUUACAGGGUUCAUUAUGUUUACAGGUUAAGCUGAUUCUGUAGUUGCAGUUUAUAUUUUUAGUAAUAAAAAACCAAAUCAUUUGUUUAAAAUAACCAAAGAAUAGUUAAGUGCAUAAUUUGUAUUAAACUUGUUACCAUGUUUCUUCUGCUUUUUAAAAAGUACUGUGUACUAUGAAAA